CACAAAACCAAAGCUGCCCAUAUCUUUCCGCCUAAGCUAGCUUGCAAUGGAUUUUCUCAUUCCCUAUCUCACGAGCCUCAUCACAGUUGGAUUGCUUGCAAUAAUAACCGUUUCCUAUUGUUUAAUCUCAAGGAGUUGGAGAGCUUCCAAGGGCAAAACAGCUCCUGAAGCCAAGGGUGCAUGGCCUCUAUUUGGUCACCUUCCCCUGUUAGGACGGUCGACCAAGCCUCUUCACAUAGCCUUGGGAGCCAUGGCUAACAAGUACGGACCCCUUUUCAUCGUCCGGCUUGGGGUGCAUCAAUCGUUGGUGGUGAGUAGUAGUGAGAUGGCUAAGGAGUGCUUUACGAUCAACGACACGUGCUUGUCCUCCCGCCCAAAAAUGGCAGUUGCAGAGCACAUCGGCUAUAACUACGCAAUGUUUGGGCUCGCACCCUACGGACCAUACUGGCGUGAAAUGCGUAAGAUUACCACUUUAGAGUUGCUCUCCAACCGCCGGCUCGAGCUGCUAAAAAACAUUCGAGUCUCGGAGGUGACCACCUUUUUGAAACAAAUGUACAAAACUUGGAGCAAUAGAGCAAAUGUAAACAAGGGCUUCAACGGUGACCAACUGUUGGUGGAGUAAAAAUAAUGGUUCGGGGACCUCACUUUAAAUGUGAUUCUCAGGAUGGUAGCUGGAAAGCGUUACUCUGUUGCUAUCGACGAAGAAGAGAAGAACGAAGCACGUCGAGUUCAGAAAACAGUGAAGGAGUUCUUUGACCUUACUGGGUUGUUUUUGGUGGGCGAUGUGAUUCCUUAUCUUCGGUGGUUGGAUUUAGGUGGACAUGAGAAAGCCAUGAAGAAAACGGGAAAAAAACUGGACGCCAUUGUUGGAAAAUGGGUGGAAGAGCAUAAGCAAAAGAGAGCACUAGAAGGCAAUGCAACUCAUAAUUGUAAAGGGGAGCAAGACUUCAUAGACACCAUGAUAUCGAUGCUUGAGGGUGCUGACCUCGGCGGUUUUGACGCGGAUACCGUCAACAAAGCUACAACCUUGACUAUGAUUGCAGGAGGCAGCGAUACCACCAUGGUAACUUUAACGUGGGCAAUAGCAUUACUGUUAAACAACCGUGACAAGUUGAAAAGAGCCCAAGAUGAACUAGAUGAUAGGAGCAUAAAUGCGACAAAUAUAGUGUGGAAUCCUUUACACGGCAUUUUUGGAAGCGUAUCACUAGACACCGAGAUAGGAAGAGAGAGAUUUGUGAGUGAGUCGGAUAUGAGCAAGCUAGUCUAUAUCCAAGCCAUAGUGAAAGUGACGCUUCGGUUAUACCCUGCAGCACCAUUAUCAGCACCACAUGAAUUCAACAAGGACUGCACCAUAGGUGGCUACUUUGUCCCAAAGGGUACACGGUUGAUCACAAACCUAUGGAAGAUCCAAACCGACCCAAAAAUGUGGCCGGAUGACCCGUUAGGGUUCAAGCCAGAGAGAUUUCUAACCACCCAUAAGGAUGUUGAUGUUAAGGGUCAACACUUUGAGUUAAUUCCAUUUGGAAGUGGAAGAAGAGCAUGCCCUGGACUAGCUUUCGGCAUUCAAAUGGUGCAAUUUACAUUGGCCAGCUUCCUACACGCGUUCCAAGUUUCAACUCUUCCCGAUAAUGCACCAAUUGAUAUGACUGAGAGUCUUGGGAUCACUAACGUUAAGGCUACUCUACUUGAAGUUCUCAUCAAACCUCGUUUGUCUCAUAAACUUUAUGAAUGAAAAAUAGUUACUAUGUUAUCU